AUGCUGUACUUCCAGCUGGUGAUCAUGGCCGGGACCGUCAUGCUGGCCUACUACUUCGAGUACACCGACACCUUCAGCGUGCACGUGCAGGGCUUUUUCUGCUACGACACCACCUACACCAAGCCGUACCUGGGUCCGGAGGACAACAGCGCCGUCCCGCCCGUCCUGCUGUACACGGUGGUGGCCGGGCUGCCCACGCUGCUGAUCACGAUCACGGAGACCGUGCUGUUCCUGGUCCAGUACACGUCCAAAGAGUUCGAUCGGUCAGAGAAGACAGUGGCCACGGGGGACUGCUGUUACCUCAACCCGCUGGUGCGCAGGACCUUCCGCUUCCUUGGAGUCUACACCUUUGGCCUCUUCACUGUUGACAUCUUUGUCAACGCAGGCCAGGUAGUGACAGGGAACCUGGCACCGUACUUCCUGACGGUCUGUAAGCCAAACUACACCGCACUGGGCUGCCAGCAGGCCCUGCGCUACAUCAGCCACCAGGAGGCCUGCACAGGAAACCAGGACGACAUCCUGCGUGCUCGCAAGACCUUCCCAUCCAAGGAGGCUGCACUCAGCGUGUAUGCUGCACUCUACCUGGCUAUGUAUGUGACCUGCACGGUGCAGGCAAAGGGCACUCGCCUGGCCAAGCCAGUGCUGUCUCUUGGGCUCGUGUGUCUGGCUUUUCUCACCGGCCUGAAUCGUGUGGCUGAAUACCGCAACCACUGGUCUGACGUCAUCGCGGGCUUCAUCAUCGGCACUGCCAUCGCCACUUUCCUGGUGGUGUGUGUGGUCCAUAACUUCAAAGGGAAGUUACUGCUGAGUGAGGAGUCACCAGCGGAGCAGCCGUCCAACACAGCCAUGCUGAACAUGGGCCGCAUGGAGAGUCCUCUGGAGAAGUAUAUCGCCUCACAGAAUCACAUCGCCUUCGCUGAGGUCACAUGA